AUGAGAGAAAUAAAAACUCUAUUUGAGGACACAGAAAGAAUAAGGAAGCUAAUGAAGGUUAUAGAAGGAAAAGGAGAGAGUAUUCUCAUUGACUACACAAAAACCCAUAUUGAUGCGGAUGACAUGCAGAAGUGGCAUGACAAGCUUGAGAAAAUGGACAUUGCAGGGAAAGUCAAGGAAAUGUUCUCAGGGAAAAAAAUAAACUACACAGAAGACAGGCAAGUUCUCCAUGUGAAGCUGCGCUCUUUAAGCGUAAUACAGGCCAUGCACACAGGAAAAGUAGACGGCCUGGACAAGGAGGAGCAGGAGAUAGUCAAGGAGCUGGAGAAGAUGCGAACCAUCUGCAACGGGUUUGAGAGCGGAUCCAUGAAAGGCGCAUCUGGGAAGCCCAUCAGGAAUGUAAUUGGAAUAGGCAUUGGAGGAAGUGAUCUGGGCCCUCGCCUUCUCACAUCUUCUCUUCCGCCUGCAUCUGCAAACGUAGGAAAGGAGUUCAGGUAUGUCUCAAAUGUGGACUCUCAGGAGAUCCAUGCAGCCCUUACCAACAUAAAUCUUGAGGAGACUGUAUUUGUAGUUGUGUCAAAAACAUUUACAACACAGGAGACCCUGGAGAAUGCAAAAAUUGCUGUCUCCACUCUCCUAUACAACUAUCCAAAGGAGUGCAGUGAGAAAGAGAUCAUAAAAGCACACUUUUUGGCAGUAUCAGCUGCUAAGGAUAAGGCUGCUGCAUUUGGGAUUGAGGAGUGCAAUAUUCUGGACAUGUGGGACUAUGUUGGAGGGCGGUAUUCACUGUGGAGCUGUGUUGGUCUUACCUCUGCAAUGAGCAUAGGGUUUGAUGCAUUCCUGGAGCUUCUUUCCGGGGCCUCUGAGAUAGACACACACUUCCUAAAUACGCCUGUCUUAGACAACAUUCCAAUGCUUCACGCUAUGGUUGAGUGCAAGUAUAUAAAUGAGUACGGAUACAAUAACAAGUGCAUUGUGCCAUAUGACUAUUAUAUGAAGCUGUUCCCAGCAUACUUGCAGCAGUGCGAGAUGGAGAGCAAUGGAAAGUCUGCCACACGCGCAGGACAGCAGCUUAUUUCAGGGGAGUUCACAGAGAAAGGCGCUGAGCAGCAGACAGCUCCUAUUGUUUGGGGGACACAGGGAACAGAUGCGCAGCACUCCUACUUCCAGCUGCUUCAUCAGGGGACAGUCCGGACUCUCUUAGAGUUCCUGAUUCCAAUUAACCCUCGGGUGGAAACUGAGAGGAGCAAUACAGAGGGCCAGAGUGGCGUCUCCACAUCACACGAUGUGCUAGUCUCUAACUGCCUUGCGCAGUCAAGAGCACUUAUGCUGGGGAAGGAUGCAGAGGGAGACCGGUACUUUAGCGGUAAUCGCCCAUCUGUCACAAUCAUGUAUAGCAACCUCUCUGCCUACACGCUGGGCAUGCUAAUUGCAAUAUACGAGCAUAAGAUAUUCAUCCAAGGAAAGGUGUGGGACAUCAACUCGUAUGAUCAGUUUGGUGUGGAGCUAGGCAAGGUGCUUGCAAAGGAAAUCUUGUCUAAGGUUGAAGAGAAAGGGUCUGCUCUAGGAUUCGACCCUUCAACAGAUACUCUCCUUGGAUACUAUCAGCAAAAAAGAAAAUAA